AUGCGCCUCGACUAUCCCAAGUACGAGGUCAUCUUUGCUCUGCAGAGCAAGACCGACGAGGCUCUGGGUGUGGUGGAGAUGCUCAUGAACAAGUUUCCACACGUCGACGCCAAGGUGGUCAUUAACGGCGAAAAGGUCGGUGUCAACCCAAAGGUGAACAACCUGAUGGAGCCGUUCCGUCAAGCCAAGUAUGACCUUCUCUGGGUCAUUGACGCCACUAUUACUGUCACUCCACAUGUGCUCGGCCGUAUGGUCGAUGCUUUUGUGUCCCGCCGUGGGUCUGAUGUCGAGAACUCGCCUCUUAUUUCAGACGAUGAACGCCCACCGCCUACGCGCGGCCAAGUCGGACUCGUCCACCAGGUUCCCAUCGCAGUUGUGUACCAGCGCACGUGGGGGAGCCUAAUCGAGCAAGCAUACCUCAACUCUACGCACGCAAAAAUGUACCUCAGCAUUAACAGCGUCGCUCUCGAGUCGUGCGUCGUCGGCAAGUCGAACAUGUACUCGCGCGCCAAUGUCCAGUCCCUCACCACCCCUUCCCCUACUCUGCGCAAACAGCCUGACCCACCUCGUGGUCUCGCCGGUUUUGGCCCGUUCAUGGCUGAAGACAACAUGAUUGCCCUGUCGCUGUGGCACGAGCUGGGCCUCAAGCACGCAAUGGAGGGCGACGUCGCACUGGAUUUCAUCGGCGCCAUGAGCGUCCACGCGUACAUUGACAGGCGAGCGCGGUGGAUCCGCGUUCGCAAGAUGAUGACGCUGCCGGCCACGUUGCUGGAGCCGUUGACAGAGUCCAUCGCCUGCGGCCUGUACGGCGCUUGGGCGACGCACAAGCUGUUUGGAUGGUGGCGGGUUCCGUUCUUCGUCAUCCACAUGGCGCUGUGGCUUGCGGUGGACCUCGACGUGCGCGCCAAGCUCACCACCAAUGUCAGGCAUAUUGGCCCCCCUGCCGGCAAACUCGCGUUCACGGCUGCCUGGGCCGCGCGCGAGGUGCUUGCGCUUCCCAUCUGGCUGUAUGCCAUGAUCGGUUCCAACGUCAUGUGGCGUGGCCACAAGUACCGCGUCCUCGCAUCUGGCGAGGCGAAGCGGAUAGACCAGUAA